UAAGAAAUGAUAAUUUUAGAUAAUUUGACCCUUUUCGAAAAGAGGAAAGAAAGCCGGAGAAGGCAGGCAGGUAGACAAGUUGCAAGAUAGUGGUAAUAUUGUAUGUUUGUGCAUACGUAUUCCGAGCUAAGCGGUCACCCUCGUCACGACUCUCCCUACCCAGUGAUUGAUUUGUCUCCGCAAUCUCAUAAUCAGCCAAUUUAGCACAUCCCUCAAUCAAGGUGGAACGCAGAACCUUUGUGCCACAGAGUUAUUUUUGUGUCAAUUUCGAUAUGAAAGCUUUGUUGAAUCCAGUGGACCCAUUGAUAUCUCCACUACCCAUUACAACAAAUACCAGAGUCUUGUGGAAUGUUCAAAAUUCUCUCCGAAUUCCCAUCAAACGUUUUGAUUAUUGGGCAGGAAAGAGGAGUUAUUUUGCCAUCAAUGCUUUAUUGGAUUCGGCAUCGAUUGAGGAACUGAGGCUUCAAGAACCAGAUAUCAAGAAUCCAGCUUUGUCAACUUCCUAUCGAAAUUCUGAGUUUCCAAAGCCUAAUCAGACUCUUUUAGAUGCUCAAACCAAAGUUUGUACUGGCCCAACCCAAACCAAGCCUCUCAAUGAGGAACAAGCCUUCAAGGUCUUGGACACCAUCCUUAGAUCAGCAAAGGGAGAACUCAAAGAUGAAGAGCCAGUAUCAAAAGCACAACUUGGGGCAUUUUUUACUGCAAUGACAAUUCGUGCAAAUGCUUUCCCUGAGCCAACCCAAUGGAGUGAAGGGGAAAGGCGUGCGAUGAAUCAUUAUUGGCCCCAAUUAAUUCGAGUGCUGCCUGAAGAUACCAUAUUUAUCGCUGAUCCAGAAGGCUCAAUAAUGGGAAUUGGCAGUUCAAUAGGUCCCCAAUUUGUUGGAAAUGGUACUGCCGAGAUGAGACUAGUUGGCGCCCUCAGGGAAGUUUUGGCUGGGGGUCAUCUUGGAUACGAGGAAGUUCAAGGUGUUCUAAAAGACGUCCUUCCAUUGAAAGUAGAAGAAAUGGGAUCAUCUAGUGUAAGUGAGUCACUCCUUUCUGCAUUUAUGAUAGGCCAACGAAUGAAUCGGGAAACAGACCGUGAGUUGAAAGCCUACUGCCUUGCAUUUGAUGAUGAACUUGGCCCUGCACCAGUUGCUGAUGUAAACUCAUUGACUCACUACGGUGAGCCUUAUGAUGGAAACACCCGCUACUUCAGAAGCACACUGUUUGUUGCUGCUGUUAGAUCCUGCUAUGGUGAAUCUUGCUUGCUCCAUGGUGUGGGUUGGAUGCCACCAAAGGGAGGCAUUACUGAAGAGCAAAUGCUGAUGUUUAUGGGGGCCAACACACACUUAACCCCCUCUCAAGCAAAAAAGCUUCUUGAGGAUGAUGAAGUUGGUUUUGCUUAUGUGAGUCAGCGCGAGGCUCGCCCAUCUUUAUAUUCAUUGAUUGGGUUAAGGGAACAUAUAAAGAAACGCCCACCACUGGCAACAGCUGAGAAAGUUCAACAAAUUGUGCGGGCUUGCGGAAAGGAAGCAAUCGUUGCUGGUUUUUAUCAUGAAGGAUAUGAAGAACCACUUUUAAUGCUUAUGAGAAGAAGGGGUGUGCAUGCUGGUUUGGUUGUAAAGGGUGAGGAAGGUGCACUUUCAAUGACGACAAGGCUGCGGUCAGCAAAUGCGUCAAAAGGACUUCCUGUGAAUUAUUGCUCAGGGUUUCGUUCAGUGAAUUUGGCACCUUCUUGUGCUGUUGAUGAUGUCGCAGGUGUAUCACGUGAGAGUUUCAAUAUUGAGGUGAAUGCUAGGGAUUAUGGCUUUGCAUCCACAGAUACUCCAAGAACAGAUAGAUCUGUUGCAAGGAAUAUAGAGUUGGGUUUAGCAGCUUUACGUGGUGAGAAAGGUCCCACCUACGAUAGAAUUGUCUUAAAUGCCGGAAUGGUUGACCAUUUGCUUGGGUCUGAUGGAGCUCAAGACAUAAGUGCAGCCUUUGAUAGAGCCAGAGAAGCCAUUGACAGUGGCAAGGCUCUCAGAAGACUACUAAAUUACAUCAAGAUAUCUAACAAAGUAAUGUCAUAAUUAGAGGCAUGAAGGAUUUUCCCCAUUAUCCCAGCAAACGAGUACAAUAGUCCAUGGACGAUGACAUUGAGAACUUUUCUUUCUCUUUUUUAUAUUUUUGUCUUUUAAAGCUGUUGUACAUGACCACAAGAUUUUCACUGUUCUAGUUUUGCUUAAGCGAGCCUCUGUUAUCACCACUAGUUCACUGCUACUAAAAUGAACAUUCAAGAUGUUGAUACCACACAAUACGAAGGAUUUAGUGACAAGUCUGUAUAUCCAAAAUUUAGUGUUUCUGAUUGAUCUGCAACUAACCACUUUUCAAAUUAUGAUA